AUGACUUCAGUAUUCGUUUCAGGCGCUACAGGAUACAUUGCACAACAUAUUGUGAAAACAUUGCUCGAAAAAAAUUAUAAAGUGGUAGGAUCUGUGAGAUCUACAGAAAAGGGAGAAAAGUUGAAGAAGCUCUUACAGUCAGCCAACUUCAACUACGAAGUUGUUAAUGAUAUUCAGAAAGAGGGGAGCUUUAAUGACGCAUUAAAACAUCACCCAGAAGUGACAGUUUUCUUACACACAGCAUCCCCAUUCCAUUUCAAAGCUAAGGACGUGGAGAAGGAGUUGUUGAUCCCUGCGGUCAACGGGACCAAGAAUGCGUUGAAGGCUAUUAAAGACUACGCACCGCAGGUCAAGAGGGUAGUUGUAACAUCGUCGAUUGCCGCUAUCAAGGUUGAGGCAAAGGAAAACGACAGUACGUUUGUAACAACCGAGGAAACAUGGAAUCCAAUCUCAUGGGAAGAGGCACUCACUAAUCCAGUUUUAGGGUACCGUGGAUCUAAAACGUUUGCGGAAAAAGCGGCAUGGGAGUUCGUUGAAAUGGAAAAGCCCCUGUUCAUAUUGUCAACAGUCAAUCCGGUGAUUGUGUUUGGCCCACAGGCAUUCGACAGUGAAGUCAAAGAAACAUUGAAUACUUCGGCAGAAAUUAUAAACAACUUAUUGAAGUUGAAACCAGAUGAUCCAGUUCCUCCUCUGAAUAAUGCGUUUAUCGAUGUUCGCGACGUUGCCAAGGCACACGUGGUGGCAUUUGAGAAUGAAUAUGCCGCUAACCAGAGAUUGUUGCUUAGUGAGUCCAGGUACUCAUCGCAACUAGUAUUGGAUCUUAUCCACAAGAACUUCCCCGAGUUCAAGUCGCGGAUUCCCCUUGGAACCCCAGGUGUCUAUCCCGACACCUCCAAGCUCUCCAAGACUGACAAUUCCAAAACCAAGGCCAUCGUUGGCUUCCCAUUCAUUCCUCUCGAAAAAUCUGUGGUAGAUACUGUUCUGCAGAUCGUGGCAGCUGAGAAACACCAAUGA